UUUUAUAUACUCCUUUUGACAGAAAUGAUGUCACUUCAUCCCAGAGAAUGCACACUGGUCAAAGAAGAGGGUGAAAACUAUGGAUUCUGCCUGCGCAUUGAGAGAUUCAAAACAGGGCAUCUUAUCCGAAAUGUAGAAAAGAAUAGUCCAGCGGAGAAGGCAGGACUAAAAGAUGGAGAUAGAGUCCUGAAGAUUAAUGGAGUGUUUAUAGAUAAGGAAGAUCACGGAGAGGUGGCUGAGUUAAUUAGAAAAAGUGUAACUCCUGUAAUAUUCCUUGUUUUGGAUGAUCAUUCUUAUGAAAGUGCAUUAAAAGAAGGGAUCAGUCUUGAAGAGUUGGCUAAAAAGUCACCAAACCAAGAACAGACAGAAGAACCCCAACUUGUGCAAUCUGGAGAAUCGGGUUCGGCUCCACAACCCCGUCUCUGUUAUCUGACUAAGGAAAAAAAUAGCUAUGGUUUCUCUUUGAAGUCUUCUGCAGGACAGAAAGGUUUAUUCAUUGUAGAUUUGAGUCCACUGGGUGCAGCUGUAAAAGCUGGAGUGCAGCCAAAUGAUCGCCUUAUAGAAAUCAACGGGGAGAAUGUGGAAAACAAUACACAUGAAGAAGUAGUUGAGAAGGUAAAAAAGUCUGGGAAUCGGGUUGUAUUUCUACUGUCAGAUAAAGAAACUGACCAGUAUUACUACAGAUGGAAUAUGCAGUUGACAAGGGGAAAGGCCAAUCUGAAAUUAUUACCUCACAAGCCCCGAAAUCUUGAGCUCCAAAAAGAUAAUAAUGGUUAUGGAUUUUACCUGAGAAUGGAGCAAAAUGGCAAAGGUCACUUCAUUAAGGACAUCGAUUCAGACAGCCCUGCAGCUAAAGCAGGACUCAGGGACAAUGAUAUCUUGGUCGCUGUAAAUGGAGAACCAAUUGAAGCACUGGACCAUGAAGCUGUGGUAGAGAAAAUCAGACAAUCUGGUGACAACACAACCUUACUAGUGGUGGAUGAAGAGACUGAUACCAUGUAUAAAAUGGCUAAAAUAUCUCCUUGUCUCUACUACCAAGCAAGACUGGAGCCACGUCUGAGCAUUGCGAAGAUACCCAAGCAUACUGAGGAAGAAAAUCACAAGCCCAGACUCUGUAAGCUCACAAAAAGUACCACCGGAUUCGGCUUUCAAUUGAAUGCCAUUAAAAAUAUACCUGGAGUGUUCAUCAAAGAGGUAAAAAAGGAUGGACCUGCCAAUAUAGCUGGGCUGCAAGAUGAUGACAUUGUGAUAGAAGUGAAUGGUACCAAUGUAGAGAAUGAAGAGUAUGAAGAUGUAGUAGCAAGAAUCCAAGACAGUGGUAACAGCCUAACACUAUUGGUGUGUGAAGAAAAGGCUUAUCAGCACUUCUGCUCCCAGAAUAAGGCUGUUACAGCCUCAAUGGCUGACCCAUUAAAUGGUGACCAGGGUGAGCCUCCUGCUUAUGCAGAGAUACAAGCAACAGAGCCAAAAAAUGAACUGGCAGAACCACAAGAAAGGGCCAGCUCAUCUUCCUCUGAAGAAGACACUGAAUUGUGAA